UUCGCUUCCCCUCACGGCCCCCCGGCCAUGAUGGCGGAGGCUCUGGGGCGCUGGCUCCGGGAGGAGAUGGAGCUGCCGCCCUCCGCCGUCCCCUCCCCGGCCGCGCUCCGCAGGCUCUGCACCGGCCCCUUGGCCCCCGUUUGGGAUUACGUCACCCGCCACGUCCGAAACCACCGGAACGUGAAGAAGAUUCGGGGAAAUCUGCGCUGGUACGGGCACCUGCAGGAGCUGGAGGCCGCCGCCAGUCCUCCGAGCCAGCAGGGGGAGCUGCGCGCGGCGGUGGCGCUGCUCCGGAAGGAGGUGCAGGACCUGGGGGACGCCAUUGCGGACGCACAGGAAACAGCGCAGCGCCUCGAGGCCUCGCUGGAGGAGAUGCAGAGCCGGAGGUGGGCGGAGCUUCAGCGAGGGGCGGAGCUUCGGCUGCUGGGGGCGGAGCCGAGCCCUGCCGGGCUGAGCAGCAGCCACCAGGGGGCGCUAGAGGCCAUCCCAAAAAG